AUAUUCUUCAAAAUCAAAGAAGCCACAUGGGAAAUUCAUGUUCUGACUCUGGGAAAUGUUUUACUCUGAAAUCGCAGCUUAUUGACCAUCAGAAACCUCAUGCAGGAGAGAAAGCAUGUUCAUGUACUGAAUAUGGGAAAUGUUUGACUAAGAAAUCACAUCUUAUUAGUCAUCAGACAAUUCAUACAGAGGAGAAAGUAUUUUCAUGUUCUGAAUGUGGGAAAUAUUUUAGACAGAAAGGAGGGCUUGAUAUUCAUAAGAAAAUUCAUACAGGAGAGAAAGCAUUUUCAUGUUCUGAAUGUGGGAAAUGUUUUACCUUUAAAUCAGCUCUUAAUAAUCAUAUGAAAAAUCAUACAGGAGAGAAAGCAUUUUCAUGUUCUGAAUGUGGAAAAUGUUUUACCUUUAAAUCAGCUCUUAAUAAUCAUAUGAAAAAUCAUACAGGAGAGAAAGCAUUUUCAUGUUCAGAAUGUGGAAAAUGUUAUACUGAGAAAUCAUAUCUUAUUAAGCACCAGAAAAUGCAUACAGAAGAGAAAGCAUUUUCAUGUUCUGAAUGUGGGAAAUGUUUUACCUUUAAGUCAUCUCUUAAUUAUCAUAUGAAACUUCAUACAGGAGAGAAAGAAUUUUCAUGUUCUGAAUGUGAGAAAUGUUUUACUAAGAAAUCACAUCUUAUUAGUCAUCAGACAAUUCAUACAGGGGAGAAAGCAUUUUCAUGUUCUGAAUGUGGGAAAUGUUUUAGACAGAAAGGAGGGCUUGAUAUUCAUAAGACAAUUCAUACAGGAGAGAAAGCAUUUUCAUGUUCUGAAUGUGGGAAACGGUUUACUGUGAAAUCACAUCUUAAUAGUCAUCAGACAAUUCAUACAGGGGAGAAAGCAUUUUCAUGUUCUGAAUGUGGGAAAUGUUUUAGACAGAAAGCAGUGCUUGAAAAUCAUAAGAAAAUUCAUACAAAAAUGAGAGCAUUUUCGUGUUCUGAAUGUGGGAAAUGGUUUAGUGUGAAAUCACAUCUUAUUAGUCACCAGACAAUUCAUACAGGGGAAAAAGCAUGUUCAUGUUCUGAAUGUGGGAAAUGUUUUGCAUUUAAAUCAGCUCUUAAUAAUCAUAUGAAAAUUCAUACAGGAGUGAAAGCAUUUUCAUGUUUGGAAUGUGGAAAAUGUUAUGCUGAGAAAUCAUAUCUUAUUAGACACCAGAGAAUGCAUACAGGAGAAAAAGCAUUUUCAUGUUCUGACUGUGGGAAAUGUUUUACUAAGAAAUCACAUCUUGUUGGUCAUCAGACAAUUCAUACAGGGGAGAAAGCAUUUUCAUGUUCUGAAUGUGGGAAAUGUUUUAGACUGAAACAAGGGCUUGAAAUUCAUAAGAAAAUUCAUACAGGAGAGAAAGCAUUUUCAUGUUCUGAAUGUGGGAAACGGUUUAUUGUGAAAUCACAUCUUAAUCGUCAUCAGACAAUUCAUACAGGAGAGAAAGCAUUUUCAUGUUCUGAAUGUGGGAAACGUUUUAGACAGAAACAAGUGCUUGAUAUUCAUAAGAAAAUUCAUACAGGAAAGGAAGCAUUUUCAUGUUCGGAAUGUGGGAAAUGGUUUAGUGUGAAAUCACAUCUUAUUAGUCACCAGACAAUUCAUACAGGAGAGAAAGCAUUUUCAUGUUCGGAAUGUGGAAAAUGUUAUACUGAGAAAUCAUGUCUUAAUAAGCACCAGAGAAGGCAUACAGGAGAGAAAACAUUUUCAUGUUCUGAAUGUGGAAAAUGUUAUACUGAGAAAUCAUGUCUUAAUAGGCACCAGCGAAUGCAUACAGAAGAGAAAGCAUUUUCAUGUCCUGAAUGUGGGAAAUGUUUUACCUUUAAGUCAUCUCUUAAUUAUCAUAUGAAACUUCAUACAGGAGAGAAAGCAUUUUCAUGUUCUGAAUGUGAGAAAUGUUUUACUAAGAAAUCACAUCUUAUUAGUCAUCAGACAAUUCAUACAGGGGAGAAAGCAUUUUCAUGUUCUGAAUGUGGGAAAUGUUUUAGACAGAAAGGAGGGCUUGAUAUUCAUAAGAAAAUUCAUACAGGAGAGAAAACAUUUUCAUGUUCUGAAUGUGGGAAACGGUUUACUGUGAAAUCACAUCUUAAUAGUCAUCAGACAAUUCAUACAGGGGAGAAAGCAUUUUCAUGUUCUGAAUGUGGGAAAUGUUUUAGAAAGAAAGCAGUGCUUGAUAAUCAUAAAAAAAUUCAUACAGGAAAGAAAGUAUUUUCAUGUUCGAAAUGUGGGAAAUCUUUUACCCAGAAAGGACAUUUUGUUACUCAUCAGAAAAUUCAUAUUGGUUAAAUC